AGACCUUUGAAACAUCUGUAAACUUGUACCAGACUACACGAUGCAACAACCCAUAAUACAGCUACCUUCGCUUUCAUAGUGAACUAUACGGUGUCACAACCCAGGAUACUACAAUCCCUGCGGGAAGGGAAUGACAUAUCUGAAUUAUAUUUAAUCAAUGAUGGCAGUACGAAUUGGCGGGGAAAUGGGAAUUUUGUGUUUUGCAGAUGUUUGUCUUACCUGAAGUGAUUUGUUUGUAAUAUUUAAAUAGUGAUAAAUGUACACCUUUGGGCGACUGUCGAAGUGAGUAUAUUUACUAACAAUUUUAAACAGGAAAUUUUGAUAAUGGAGUAUUCUGGAAGAAGAAAGUUUAUUUCAUCCAUUCAUUCUGUACAAACUGGUAGUCUUGUGGAAUUGUAUCCUAAUGACUUACAGCUGUACAAGAUUCCACCCUCUUCAAGUAUUUCACUUGCGGAAUUUGAAGAUCUAGCACAAGAGAGAUUGAAAAUAUUGAGAACAAUUGAUAAUAUCAAUUUAAGAGGGUUGAAUAAAUAUUCUGUGGAGUGGAAAGGAGCAUUGACUGCAGAAUUAAAAAAGUUGGGAUUGAAAAGCUUUGCAAAAUUGAUAAAUGGAACUGGUUGUGGCCAGACAGAAUCAGACUUGCAGAUCAGAAAGCGAGACCAUGUAUCACAUUUUAUCUUGCGUCUUGCAUACUCUGGAUCUGAGGAGUUGAGACGGUGGUUUCUUUCAAGAGAACAAGAUUUGUUCCGAACACGGUUUACCUCUCUUAGUGCUGAGGGAAUACAGCGAUUCAUGCAAGUCAAUAAUUUAAAAUAUGAACCAAUCUCGGAGGCUGUAAAGGCCCAGUUAAGACAGUGUUUAUUUGAAUCUUCAUUUGCAAUGCUAUCAAUGGCCAGUGUAGAUGCUCAUGAAUUCUACCGUGUUCCUUAUACCGAUGUGCAGGACCUGGUACGAUCUCGAAAAGUUUACUUGUGUGGUGGCUUUGCAUAUGUUCCAUGCACUGACCUGAUAUCUAUACUGUCAACAGUCUUUAGGAUUAAUUUGGCUCAUGGUAUGGCAGUGACGGCUCGUAUGCUCCCCUCUUUGGAAGGCGAUGAGCGUGUAUUUCGAUUGUUGAAGAACCUGCACCAGAGUUACACCGGUGAAGAAUAUUCUAGUCUCAAGAACAGCAAUGUUGGCAGCAUACAGUUGGACCAAGUUGAUCUACUUUCUCUCCAUUCCUUUCCUCCGUGCAUGCGGAAACUACGUGAGCAUCUGCGUUCCAAUCACCAUAUGCGUCACGGUGGCCGAAUGCAGUUUGGUCUGUUCCUGAAAGGUAUAGGACUUUCUCUGGAAGAUGCAUUGCAGUUCUGGAGGGACGGAUUCUCUGAGAAAACUGACGCAGGCAAAUUUGAGAAGAAUUAUGCGUAUAACAUCCGGCAUAACUACGGUAAAGAGGGAAAACGUGUGAACUACACCCCAUACAGCUGCUUGAAGAUCAUAAUGUCAUCUGUGGGACCCGACGAUGCUCACGGCUGCCCAUUUAGGCACAGUGACUUGUCACAUCUGAAACAACAGUUACUUGCAUGGAAUGUUCCAGUUGCUGGAAUAAAUGAAGUGGCAGAACUUGUUAGCCAGGGCCAUUACCAGCUAGCAUGUGCCAAGUAUUUCCAGCUUUCACAUGGUGCACAGUGUGAUGAAGGGAUUAUUCAUCCAAACCAAUACUUUGUGCAGAGUCAGAAUGUGUUGCGCGCCAAACGAGGCAUUGGAGAAGCUGAGACUGGCGCAGCGGUCGAAAAUAAGAAUACUGCGGCUGGGAUGGAUGACGUUUGGGGUGAUGACUUGGAUCUGGAGGCAAUCGCAGUUGACAUGCACGAGGUUAAUGCAGUGCCGAAGAAUGUAUCGAGGACAAUCAGACGCAGGGGCGUGUCUGAAGGAAUGAGAGGGCUGUCGUGUGCGGAUGGAAGUGUUUUUGCAGCAGACAGGCGAGGACGCCCGUCCGCAUCCACAAACAAACAACCUGGAGCGUGGUCAAGGAAUGGUUCUUGGGCUUUGAUGUUGCUCGCCAUUGGUGCAAACCUCGUGCAUUAACCAUCUUUACGCCACAGUCAGUCGGUAGAAAUGAACCGCACUCGUAGCGGCCUGAUUCAAGCAGAAAGAUUAAAACUUACUCGGGAUUAAACCGGACGAUUGCAAUUUGUGUGAUGUA